GACAAUGGCAAACUCGCUCGACAAGACCGUCCCGCUCCCUCCUAACAUCGACUACAAGAAGCAGUCUUUUGAAGUGCCUGGCACCAAGAGGCCAGGGCAGACUGGUCAUUACCAGAAUGCCAUUUUCGGCCUUGUCGACAUCAAAGCUGACAACGUGCAUAAAACUCUACCGGAGGUGUUCGAGACCGGUCUCGCACUCUCUGCAGACCUGUCUUGUCUCGGACACCGCCCCUUGGUGUCAACUAAUCCGCUGAAAUUUGCCGACCAUUAUGUCUGGUUAACUUACAGGGAGGUCGAUGUGAAGAGACGCGAGAUUGGGAGUGCAUUGCACACAUGGUUCCAGAAGGGUGUCCUGGGCGGGGGAGAGAUGGAGACAGUCGGAAUCUGGAGUCCGAAUCGACCUGAAUGGCAGCUCGUCGAGUGGGCGCUGAAUGCAUAUGGUAAAGUCGGUGUUAGCUUAUACGACACGCUUGGAAAGGAUUCUGUCGAGUACAUUAUUAAUCACGCGCACCUUACCGUCAUUUUUGCGACAUCGAAUCACGUCGCGUCUCUUUUGAAGAUUGCGCCUCGGACUCCUCACCUCAAGAUGAUCAUAUCUAUGGAUGGUUUGGCGCCAGAGAGCAAACAGAUUUUGACUUCUUGGGGCGAGACUAUCAAUGUCCAAGUCAAAGAGUUGAGCGAUGUGGUGGAAUUUGGAAAAGCGCAUCUUCUCGAAACAUUACCAGCUACGCCAGAUCAGAUAGCCUCGAUCUGUUACACUUCCGGGACGACGAGUAACCCCAAAGGUGCUCUUCUGACCCACUCACAACUGGCGAGCGCCCCCUCGGCGAACUUGUAUGGAUAUACGCUUCCCGAACGUGGAUGCAUGAUGUCUUAUCUUCCUCUGGCACAUAUUUAUGAGCGGGCUAAUGAGUUGUGUAUCUUGGCUGUUGGCGGUACAAUCGGGUUUUUCUCCGGCGAUCCACUUCGACUCCUCGAAGACGCGCAGAUCCUCCGCCCUAAUUUCUUCCCCUCUGUCCCGCGUGUGCUCAACCGCGUCUAUCAAUCUGCGAUGGCCGCUGGAAACGUCCCUGGCCUCAAGGGUGCCCUCUUCCGCAAGGCUGUUCAAGCGAAGCUGGAAAGACUGCAUACAACGGGUGACAAUACUCAUCCGCUUUGGGAUAGACUCGUCUUCCGAAAGAUUCAAGCCGUGCUUGGCGGCAAUGUCAAGCUCGUGUCCUGUGGUUCUGCGCCUAUAAGCAGCGAAGUCAUGGACUUUUUGAAGAUUGCAUACGGCAUGACCGAGAACGCCGCCGUGUGUACACAUACGCUUCCUAACGACCCAUCCUCCAGUGGAACUGUUGGGCCUCCGACUGCUAUGACCGAGCUCAAGCUUAUUGAUGUCCCUGCCAUGGGAUACACAUCGGAGGACAAGCCAUACCCCCGUGGCGAGCUGUGCUGUCGUGGUGUCAACUGCUUCGUUGGUUAUUAUAAGGACGAGAAGAACACCAAAGAAACUAUCGACGACGAAGGCUGGCUGCAUACCGGUGAUGUCGCCGAGAUCGAUGGUUGUGGGCGCGUCAAGAUCGUUGACCGUGUGAAGAACAUCAUGAAGCUCGCUCAAGGUGAAUAUGUCGCGGUGGAGAAGAUCGAAAACUUGUACUCGUCUUCGCCUUUCGUCACUCAGAUAUUCGUCCACGGCGACUCCCUCCAGUCCUACCUUCUCGCCGUCGUAGUCCCAGAUCCCGCCCAGCUCGCCGCCAUCGGGGGCCGUAUACUCGGCGCGCGCGUCGGCCCUGAAGAUGUCAAAGCUCUGCAGGAGCUGUGCCAGGAUCAGCGCAUCGUCGACGCUGUCUUGAAGGAGCUCACAAAAGAGGCGCGGAAGAACGCGCUCAAGGGCUUCGAAAUGGUGAAGCGCAUCCAUCUCAGCUUGGACCCGUUCACCGUCGAGGACAACACGCUGACGCCCACGCUGAAGCUUCGCCGGAAGGACGCUUUCAACAAGUACAAGGCAGAGCUCACUGCACUGUACAGCCUGCCAGAUCCACAGUCAUCCAAGCUAUGAGUGGCCUCAAUAGAAGAUUCAUCGUUGACACUGGACUCAGCGCUGGCGUGGGCUUACAUAUAAAACUCGAUUUUGUACUUAUACUAUGAUCCUUUAGUGUUUUUUUUUGGUUUGUCGCGGCC